GCCUAAAGUUGGAACCUCUUGCCUUUUGGUGUUUUUUUCUCCUGGGCACACGAAUGAAAAGGAGUACUCAAAAAUAUUGUUCUCCUUUUUCAGAGGACCUUUGUAAUUAUGCCUUCAUUCAGUGAGAGUUAGUCUUUGAGGACGAUCGGAACUCUGGGUGCCAAGACAACGUUUGCGUAGUACCUACUCAACAUAGAAGUGUGGAGUGUCUUGGCUGAAUCCUCAUGCAGACAAGAUCAUUAUGGUCCUAGUAGGUAGGACAAGUAUCCUGAUAGAAGGUUGAAAAAAUGGCACAUUAGUUGAAGGAAACAAGGGAAUGUCCAGAAGAAGAAGAAGAAAAUAUUGGAAGCCAGCCACCAUGUUGUAAAGAUAUUCAAGGCUCUUUGGAGAGUCCACUUGGAAGCAACUGAGGCUUCCUUCUAACAACCAGCAUCAACUUGACAGCCAUCGAGUGAGCCGUUUUGGAGGUGGGGUUUUCAGCUUCAUUCAAGCCUUCAGUUAACUGCAGGCUGGGGAGCCUGCAUCUUGACUCCAGUAUCAUGAGAGACCCUGAGCCAGAACUAUCCAAUUCUCAAAUUCCUGGACUACAGAAACUCAUAUAAAACAUAUAAUUGACGUGUUUGAAGAAACAAUCUUGCCCUGGAAGUUUGGAAUCGUGAUCUUCCAGUGGAAGUUAUUUAGACUGAUAUACAUGUCCAGUCUGUUUGCUGUAAAAGAAAAAUCAGCCAAAGGGAGUGAUUUAAGAUCCACUGCAGGUGUAUGAACAGCAUUGCUUCUGCAACAAAAGCCUAGACUCACCACAUCUUGGGAGGAGAAUGGCCACUGCAUGGAGGGCAGCCUUUCUCAUGCUGGUGACAUCCUGUGUUUGCAGCACUGUCUUCCACAGAGACCAGCGGACUUGGUUUGAGGGUGUCUUCCUGUCUUCCAUGUGCCCCAUCAAUGUCAGUGCUAGCACAUUGUAUGGAAUUAUGUUUGAUGCAGGGAGCACUGGAACACGAAUUCAUGUUUAUACCUUUGUGCAGAAAAUACCAGGUCAGCUUCCGAUUCUGGAAGGGGAAAUUUUUGAUUCUGUGAAGCCAGGACUUUCUGCUUUUGUAGAUCAACCUAAGCAGGGUGCUGAGACUGUUCAAGGACUCUUAGAGGUGGCCAAAGAUUCCAUCCCCCGAAGUCACUGGAAAAGAACCCCAGUGGUCCUGAAGGCAACAGCAGGACUGCGCUUACUGCCAGAACAGAAAGCCCAGGCUCUGCUCUUUGAGGUAAGAGAAAUCUUCAAGAAGUCACCUUUCCUGGUACCAAAUGACAGUGUUAGCAUCAUGGAUGGAUCUUAUGAAGGUAUAUUAGCUUGGGUUACUGUGAAUUUUCUGACAGGUCAGCUGCAUGGCCAGAGCCGGGAAACUGUGGGGACCCUGGACCUUGGGGGGGCCUCCACCCAAAUCACAUUCCUACCCCAGUUUAAGAAGACCCUGGAACAAACCCCUAGGGGCUACCUCACUUCAUUUGAGAUGUUUAACAGCACUUAUAAGCUGUAUACACAUAGUUACUUGGGAUUUGGAUUAAAAGCUGCAAGACUAGCAACCCUGGGAGCCCUGGAAACAGAAGGGAUUGAUGGACACACUUUCCGAAGUGCCUGUCUACCAAGAUGGUUGGAAGCAGAGUGGAUCUUUGGGGGCGUGAAAUACCAUUAUGGUGGCAACAAAGAAGGGGAAAUGGGCUUUGAGCCCUGCUACACUGAAGUGCUGAGGGUGGUCCAAGGAAAACUUCACCAGCCAGAUGAGGUCCAGAGAAGUUCCUUCUAUGCUUUCUCUUACUAUUAUGAUCGUGCUGUUGACACAGACAUGAUUGAUUAUGAAACAGGGGGUGUUUUAAAAGUUGAAGAUUUUGAAAGAAAAGCAAGGGAAGUGUGUGAUAACUUGGAAAACUUCGCCUCAGGCAGUCCUUUCCUAUGCAUGGAUCUCAGUUACAUCACAGCCUUGUUGAAGGAUGGCUUUGGCUUUGCAGACAGUACUGUCUUACAGCUCUCAAAGAAAGUGAACAACAUAGAGACAGGCUGGGCCUUGGGGGCCACCUUUCACCUGCUGCAGUCUCUGGGGAUCUCCCACUGAGGCCAGGCCCUUCUUCUGAGGAUUGCAUUUGCCAACAACCUUUUUAAAGGUAGAAGGAGAGGGGACUCAGUCAUGUUCUGAGCUAGUCUGAGGAUAGCCUUGGACUGAAGCCCAGCAGCUCAAUUCAUCAGGAGGAAGGAGCUUUUGGAGACAGGUCUUGCCCUUGAGUCUGGAGAUUUGGGUCUAAUUAAUUCUGUAUAUCUAAUGUGAACUCUUGACCUUACCACUCUGCUUGCACAGCUGGCACCAGAGUCUAAAUCUUUGAGAUUCUUUGUGUGUCACAGCCAAAAGGAAAAGCUUUGAAAUGAACCUUGGAGAGCCCAGGGACAGGUCCCUGGGAACCAAAGAAAAAUCUCAUUUCAGCCCUUUGAGUGCCUCAUUCCUUUGAACGUAUUAAUUUUCCUCUUAACACGCUACACUAAGCCCACUGAUUGCAAUCCCAUGACCUAUCAACACCAGUAAUUUUUCCUCCUCCCUGCACAUUGCCACGUCCCACCCUCUUUCCACUCACCUCCCCUAAAAACAAAAACAAAAACCUGGUUUAUGCUUUUCAUGUGUAACUCCAAGGGAGAGAAAAGGUAACAUACCUGAAAUUGUGUGAUCCUGCUUUGUGCCAGUUCUUGGCAAGAUAGAGAGCAACUCCUCACUGUGCAGACCCCAGCCUAAAAAAGGAGUCUAUUUGAUCUCUAGGGACAAGGUUUGGGAGAGUGUGGCUCCCUUGAAUAGACCUUCUCUUAAUCAGGCAAUCCUGGGAUUAAUUAACAUAUCCAACUUUAUAGGAAUGUAUGUGUAUUCACUGCCAGUUCCUCCUCCCAGGAAAAUGUGUUUAUAGUUAAUUUCUCAUCCUAAAUGAGUUUUCUUUGUAUUUCUAAGAAAUUCAUCUACUCUGGCUUUUGGUCUGUGCUCAGAUGCCUUUGGCUGUGCUGUGCAAGGGUCUCUAGAUCUGGGUCACAGCUCCUUGCAGUUUGCCCUUUUAUUCUCUCCGUUUGUAGUCAUAUCUCUUUCUGCUCUGACCCUGAUAAUUUUAGCUAACUUCCUCUAAAUUAUUUUUUAGUUCCAGGGUUUCUGGUACCUUUCUUGAUGGUACCUAAUAUUUGAUUAGGUUGGCCAUUUUGGCCCACAUCAGUACAGUGGAUUCUCUUUUUGUUUGAGUGUUGAGAGCUCUUGAUUUUGUGAAUUAUUUCCCCUAAAAUUAAUUAUCUUUUUUUGUGUGUGUGUAGUGGUGGCGGGGCGGGGGUUGUUUUUUUGUUUUUUUUUUUUACAGGAUCAUCAUCUGCUUCUUAUCUACCCACUCAAGUGCUCUUAGACUUCAAAGAUCUUUGUAUAGUCUGGCUCCUUUACCUUAGCUCUUUGCCUCCAGCUUCUUUCUAACAAAGUUUGCAUGUCCCCAAACUUGUAGUCUUCACAGUAGACUCUUUCAGCUCUUUCAAACAAGUGUUAAAUAUACCUGGCCCUCACACUAGUUCCUGGGGAAACUUAUUUCUUAGUCAUUCCAUUGAGUCAAUAAAUAUUUAACAUCUGAUAUGUGCAAGUAGGCAAAUUUCUAUAUCCUCAUCCCCCAAAUUUUGUUUUUUAAUUCAAUGUGGAAUUUCUUCAGAUACUUCUUUUAUUAUACUGAGGUCACUUUUAUACCUACUGUCUUCCUCAAAAGAUGCUACAUAAUUAAAUAGAAUCUUUAGAAAGUUGAAAACUACCAAAGAUAAAACCCAAUCUUCUGCCCAUUGCAGAAUUCCCUGAACAUUUCCAGUUGGUUAUCAUUCAUCUUCUGUUUAGGCAUGUGUUUGGAUAGCUUAUUCCAUUUUUGGACUUUGCUGAUGUUAAAAGAAAAUCUCUUUUAUAUUGAGCUGAAAUUACCUAUCUUCUCAGUGGUCUUAGAUCUGCUCUGAUCUCUCCUUCCACAGCCUUUCAAUCUUUGGAGAAAACUUCCAAGUCCUUUAUGGUAUCUUCUUUAACAUACCAUAUGGCUUCUUUUCAAAAAAAAAACAAAAAAACAAAAAACAGGGUGCUGGAACCAGUCAUCAUACCCUAAAUGUUGUUCCAUAUAAUUAGGGAGAGAGACUGUUUCCUCUAGUAGAAACCAAGUUUUCCCAAGAGGUAAGCUGUGUUCACUAGACUCAUCCAGCUUGAUGGGUCUGGAGAGGUAAGGUUCCAUGGUCUUUAGCACCACAGCUUGUCUGUGAGGCUUAUAAAUAGGAGCCAAGUAUUGUUCACCCAACUCCUUUGGUCAUCCCAGAUACCUUCAGAAAUCUGUAGGUAGAAAUCAGUAGAUGCAGUAGUAUUCCAGAAGUGUAUCUACAUAUAUUCUGAUUCCCUUGAUGAGAACAUCUGGACAAUUAAUUUAUCCAGUUUAGGAGCAACUUGGAAUAAGAAUUUUUAUUUCUUAGAAAAAAAUUUUCUAUAAUGUCCUUUCUGCCCCUUAGUGUACCUUUUGGGCCUCUUAUUGAGGGGUCAUAUAGUCUAAUGUUGCUGGUUAAGUUUCCUUUCUCUAAAUGUGUAAGAUUUCAAACACUAAGGACAUGGCCUGGCACAUAAUGAAUGUUGUGUUGUUACAUCAUCAUCAUAUGAAGAACAUCUUCUGUGGGUCGUGGAGGUUUGCAAGAUGUGCCUUAAAAUUCUUCCUGUCCUGCCUGAUUUGGUUGGUGUAUUUUUGGAGUCCACGUUCUCCUUACCUGGGCUACCUUUCCAUUUUUUGUGAAAGAUGAUCUUUUUUCCCUAUGGUGACCUUUCUGGACUCUGCUAGUACUCACACAGCUUUUCACAGUAACUGCCCUAUUCCAUUCUGGCCAUAUCUUUCCUGAGAUUACGGGAAGUUUCAUGACUGUCACUUUCUUUAGUAUCUUUACAAAUUUUCUGCAUUCGCCUGUAAAGCUCCCCCUGUGGUAACAAGUUUCUCAUCCCUUCAAAAAUUAUUCCCAAGAAUAGCUUAGUUUGGUUCAAAAGCAGACGGUUUCUUCUCAUCUUCAAAUCGGACUUUUGGGCAAGAUAUUUUUUACAGUGUACAAAUACAGUGGAUGCACAAAUCUAUAAAAGGAUUCUCUGGGACCACGAAGUGAGCUUUUCGAAAACCCAGAGCAAGACACCCUUUCUCCCACAGGUCAGCCACUAGUCUACAACCAAACAUGUUUGUGAUUCUGCUGCUAAUCGACUUUCCCCUUUGACCUGGUUCCUGAGGUCUUCAAACCUGUGCAAUUAUUUAUUGUUUUAUUACUGAACAGACAAUGGUGUCCCAGAGAGGAACCAUAAAUAAAAUUGAAUUCUGGUGCUGUGAUAAGGAAGUAAUUAACAUUAAGAAGAUUUUUUUUUUUUUUCAGGAAGUCCAGUGUGCACCUUUAACCAAGGUUAAAGCAAUUUAUGUUUAAUUUGCAUUGUUAGGGAUUUUGAAACAGCAGUUGUAACAAAAAUGCAUGAAUUGGGUAUUUUUAAUUUUUAUUUUCAUCAGAAAGCAAUUGUGUAAAUUUAUGACCAGCAUUAAAAAGAAUUACGUAAAUCUUUAUUA